CAUUUCGUGUUCUAUCGAUUUUUUAAUUUCUAAAUUCUACUUUUGCAGAAGAAAAUUAAAUAAAGCGAUUCAGAUAUGAUGAUACGCUGUGUACAUAUAUAUAUAAAUAUCUAUGAAUGGAUGACCUCGGGUAGUUCAUACAUAACAGUGUUAUUCUAUAAUGCCCGAUUGUGAUCGUUAGAAUUUCUCUCUAUUGUUGGACACGUCGAGCAAUAUUAAGCCGGUUUUGUGUUCAUUCACCGUGAGAUUUGGCCAGUAAGCGGUCGAGUGGACGGCUAAAUUAGUUGUUGAAAUUCAUUUGGGUCGUUAUACUUUUCAGACAAGAUGGUGUAGGAAAAGGAGGUUGCUGAAAGAUUCUAGGAGUUAUAUUUUUACAGAGUAGAGCCUGUCGUUCAGUAAGGACGGGAGCAGUAGGGCGUGCUGGUGCUUACGGAAACGGAUCAUUCCAAGGUACCAGAGAAAUUAGCGGCACGAAGUAUACCCAAGACGUGAAAUCCUAGCAAACAAAAUGGUUGUGAUCAGUAGCAACGUGAUGUAUCAAUGUCAGGCAUUCUACAUCGGGAAUGGACUGCCGGAUCCAGAUAAGAAGGGUGUUGAAGCUAUUCAAAGUCCACUGCGAGAAAGAUACCGUGGUAAUGUGUCCGACAUGGAAGGUUCUCCCGUCAAGAUCACAAUCAUGCCGGAUGUUGUUGAUGUACAGUUCACGGACGGCAGCGCACCGGAGAUUACUCUGCCCAUUUCAACAUUAUCCAUGUGUGCCGCGGUUCGCUGUGUGGAGAGCUUCACAGACACAUCAAACAUGAAGUUCAUACCAGUUCAUUCAGUCAUCUCGGCAAAUGAGCCGGACUCCGAACAUCCAGCCAUCUUUUCGACCUCCAUGCGGACCAGAACCGGUGAACCAUUACUUUGUUAUGCAUUUGUAUGUGAAUCAGCGCGUGACGCCUUGCACCUUGUGAACGCUACGCAAACUGCACACACUGCCCUGAGGCGAGGAUACAGUCCAACAGGGGCCCUCAAGUUCUUCAAUGAACAGUCAUCUGAGUUCGACCGUACGAUACAUGUUUCUGGCAUAAACUCGGGGGGAGUGAGUGCAAGAUCAAACAGCAGUAGAUAUGUUUCACAGAUCAGUACAGGGAGAAAGUCCGAGAGCCGAUCAAUAAACCUGCAACAGGAAGAGGACGUUUUCCCAUUUAACCCGGACGACUAUAACACGGAGUCUACAACAUACGUCACCUCGGUUAACAACGCCUCCACAAAACGGGUUGGCAGCGUUUCUAGGGUUUAUAAUGACGCAAACAUUGUCACAAACGGAACAGAUACAACAUACUACGUAAAGGCUGGAGAUGUAACUAUCCCACCACCAACACCAGUUCAAGCACAAAAAACAGACACGGUGUUUGUGAGAACAAACACUUUGCGCGCCCCGCCUUCGCCGGUACACCGUAACGCGGAGACGAUCCUCGUGAAGUCAAACGUAGAGCAUAUUAAAGCCCCUACACCUGUUCCACGGCAGACGAUCAUUGUUGAUAAACCAAUCAUCAACCCAGCCCCUGUGGCUAAGAUUCCUCCGCCGAAGGUCAUUGAGCGUCCUGUUUACAUUGAUCCACCUCCGCCGCCAAAGGUUCAACAACAGGUCAUAUACGUCGAUAAACCGGUGUUUAAGGAAAUGAAAUGGCCAGCACCCCCAAAGCCGGAAGUAGUUGAAAGACCAGUUGUUAUUGAUCCUCCGCCGCCACCAAGACAAGAACCGCAGAAAAUCGUUGUUGAUAAACCAGUUUUGAAAGAAUGGCCAAGGCAACCUACUCCUCCUCCGCCAAUUAUAGAAGAGAACUUAGUGUACAUUGAGCCACCAAAAUGGCCCGAGAGGGCGCCUCAGAGAAUUAUCGUGGAUAAGCCAAUUGUGAAAGAACCUGGCCCACCACCUCCUGCACCUGCUCCAAUUAUAGAGGAGAGAGCUGUUUACAUUGAUCCACCUGAAUUCCCUGAACAACAGCCUCACAGAAUUAUUGUUGAAAAACCAUGUUUCAACCCUCCAAAACCUGCCCCUCCACCUCCUGCGCCUAUUAUUGAAGAGAAAAAGGUCUAUAUAGAUCCACCAGCAUAUCCGCGACAGGAGCCACAGAGGAUUGUUGUGGAGAAACCAAUUAUACAGGACCCAGGCCCGCCACCACUUCCACCAGAACCUAUCAUCAUCGAGAAACCCGUACAUAUUGAACCUCCGAAAUACCAGCAACAAGAACCACAGCGCAUCAUCGUCGAGAAACCAAUCAUGAGGGACCCUGGUCCGCCCCCACCUCCUCCCAAACCAAUCAUCAUUGAGAAAAUAGUCUACAUAGACCCUCCACCAUGGCCAAAAGUUGAACCACAAAGGAUUGUUGUAGAGAAGCCUGUGUUUAGGCCACGCCCACCACCACCUACGCCGAAACCAAUCAUCAUUGAAAAGCCUGUCUAUAUCGACCAACCUGUGGCGCCACUCCCAGAACCACAAAAAGUUGUCGUGGAAAAACCAGUUUUACGGACUGCUUAUAGUAUGACCGAAGCCCGACGUGUGCCUGCUACAUAUGGGUAUCAACAAGUCCAGUACAGACAGCCUGCAAAUGUCCGGUCCUCGUACGUUGUCCGCUCGGAGCCGCAGCGAGUGGAGGGUCUUCGUAGGUACGCUUGGUCAGAUGCGGGAGAAGGCCGGUCAAGAUCACGAAUGGAAUACAACAGCGACGGGGGUGGUUACAGAAUAUUUGGGCAGCCACGUGACUUCCGGUCCAAACAGUUUAUGAAUGAGCGAAGCUUCGGACGGCGUGUGAGCGCUGACUUGAGACACACAGUUGAUCGCAACUCCUACAGGGUGAACCGGAUGGACGACCGCCGUAGUUCAGUGAGCAGUUAACUUUUUGUUAGUAUGAUUAAGGUUCUGAAAAUUCAUUUUCAAGUUUAAGACUUUGUCAAAAUGGAUCAAUGUUGAUAACUGUAGAUGCGAUACGUUCAGCUAACUCGUUUGAAAAAAAUCACUCUUUAGUAAUAACUGUGUCCUUGAGGUGCAAAGACAGGUUACUAUUAGAGGACUGAGGUAAAGUAAAAAUAAAUCGAAAGAAACCUAGAGGAAAUCAUGCAGUAUGUCAGCUUACACUUCGAACAUUUUGACAACGUAAUGAUAGGGGCAUGUUAUUCAUCUUUCCUAUGAUUACACGCUAUGCUCAAACUGUUUCACACGCUCAUAAAUGUAUUAAAUAAGAAAAUUUGUAUUGACGGUUGACAAAAGGUAAGGUGUAGCCUUUGAUCGUUGGAUGUCGGUGAUAAUCUUGCGGUGAUUCAUUUUGCAUGAAUUACCUCGUGCUUUUCAAGCGUAACAUAUUUUUAUUAUACAUGUACUUUCUCAUGACUAGAAUUUCAAAGACCACAGGAAGGAACUCUUUAUUUCGUCUAUAUACAUUUUUCUUGAAAAAAUAAUUGAUCACCAUCGAGCUUUAACUGAUUAGAUAGAAAAACAAAUUUUUAGCCUAUACAGGUAUAUCAUCAAAGUUUGAUAUUGCUAACGCAAGUGAUCGCAGAUCAGUGAUCGAGAUUCACAUAUCAGAUGUUUGUACUUUGAACUAUUGUAAAUAUUUUCUGAAAUGUUACUGAAAGAUAUAUGCAUUUAAUAGUUUAUUCUGUUAUACUUAUAGUCCUAUCUUUACUAUGUGCCCAAUAUAUAUAUAUAUAUAUAUAUAUAUAUAUAUAUAUAUAUAUAUACAUUGGACAGUUUGUAAGUGCUGUUUGAGACAGGUGCAUUGUCUUUUUUGAUAUAUUUUGCAAAAUUAUUUUUGAUAUUUAGUAUUAUUAAUAUAUGAUAUACAUGUUACAUAUUACAUACUUGAAUUCUUUCUUUGGGCUGUGUAUAAACAAUGUGUACAUGUAUUAUAAUAACAUACACUAGUUCAGAUCAAAUGCAUUGUUU